UCCCCCUCUGCGCAUGCUCCCCGCUGACGUCACCUCUCCGCGCCGGAAGCCGCUAUGAGCUUGGCGGAGCGGGGCCCGGCCGCCGGUGCCGGUACCGGGCGCAGGGCCCGGGGCAGGCCGCGGCUCACGGAGCCGGACCGGGCCCGGCGCCGGAUGGAGUCGCGCCGGAAGUACGACGUGCGCCGCGUGUACCUGGGGGAGGCUCACGGGGCCUGGGUGCAGCUGCGGCGAAGGAGCGGAUGGAGCGACGCGAAACUAGCGGCCUACCUGCUGGGGCUGGAGCGGAGGAGGGCGGCGGACGGAGCGGGCAAACCCUGGGAGCAGCUCCCCAAGAAACCCAAGAGGAAGAAACGCCGUCGGCGCAACGUGAACUGCCUGCGCCACGCGGUGCUGUGGUACGAGGACCAUCGGCAGCGCUGCCCCUAUGAGCCAGCCCUGGCGGAGCUGGACCCGUCCGUGGGGCUGUUCACUACAGCAGUAUGGGAGUGUGAGCGCGGACACCGCUACUUCCAGGACCUGCACUCCCCAUUGAGGCCCCUCAGUGACUCUGAGGGAGAGGACCCCCCCGGCAGCCCCUCCUCCUCCUCCUCCUGCAGCUCCGGCUCUGAGGCCCCCCCCGGGGGCGCCCCCCAACCCCCCCCGGCCCCCCCCGACGACAGCGACGUCUCCACCAUCAUCUACGAGAUCCCCAAAGAGCCCCAGAGACGCCGCCGGAGCCGCCGGGGCCGCACAUCCCCCCCCCCGGGCAGAUUCCAGGCCUAUGGGACGCCCCCCCCCGGCUGCAGGAAGAGGCUGCGGCAACGCGGGGUUCAAGCACAAGCCCCGGGGGGGGCACAACGGGGACCCCCCCCAUGAAGUGUGAGCUCUGCUGCUGCCCCCCC